CAAGGCUUGGCAUCGUCUUGCAGAAGAAGUUCUAUCCCGAUGGCCGUGGAUGUGGGAAAAGCACUUUCUGAAGGCUCACUGAGCAGGAAGGCUGAGGGUGAUGGUAGGUGGGACACUGUGGAGGUGGAGACGGACUACCCGGAGCUCGCCGACAGCCUGCGCCGGCUUCUAAGGGCAGAGGAAGCCAAGCCCUGCCCGCAGGGGACGAAGAGUGUGGCAGUGAGGGGACGCAGUGGCUUGGCCACUGGUGUCACCCAGGGAGGCUCGAGCUACCGCCAAGAAGUGUCUUCAGCAUCUGCAUCCAGAUCUCCCAGAGCAAGAGGAAGCGUCUCGGAGACGGAGGCUUUAAUUUAUAGAGAUGAGGAUGUGCCUCGUCACGUCAGCCACCGGUUCCUCUCCUCAGGAGAGCAGCAGGUGAAGGCAUCAGGCUGUUGGGAGCCGGCAUCCAGCCCUCCCAGCCGGCGCAGCUCUGCGGAGGAGAGCAUCCUGGCUGGCAACUGCCAGGGUGCCCGUGCCAGCCAGCAGAGCCCAGGGCUGGGACCUCAAUCCCCAUUUUCCUCCACCCCAGAGCUUCUGAGGCCCCAAACCCCCCUCAGCCCCGUGACCGCCCUGCGGAGCCGCUCUGCCUCCAGCUUCUCCACCCUGUCUUCAGAGGAGAACGGCCUCUCCGAAGAGCCGACCCGGAGCUUGCCAGCCAGCGCAGACCUGCCUUCUCCUGCGGCCGCCGCCGCUGCCACCCGGGCCCCGUGCCACCGGUGGGGUGCGGGCCACCGGUGGGGUGGGGCAGAAGGCAGCGUGCCACGGGUGCACCAACCCUUCAGUCCUCUGCUCGAUGACCACAGCAUCGUGGAGCGCAUCAGAGAGAUGUCGUCCUACCAAGCUGAUUACUGGGCGUGUGCCAUACCGGAUUCGUUACCCCCGUCUCCAAACCGCCUGUCACCCCAUUGGAACCCCAAUAAAGAGUACGAGGACUUGCUGGAUUAUGCUUAUCCCCUGAAGCCAAGGUACAAGCUGGGAAAGAUGCCGGAGCCUUUCUUCCAUGACUCAGGAAUAGGUUUGGACAGCUUUUCUUUUUCCCCCGAGGGCACGUUGAGAUCCACCAGCAUCUACGGCCAAGGUGGGCAGGCUCGGGGGAGCGAAGAGAAUGGCCAUCGGAGGUUUGUGGCCUCUGCAGAGAGGUUCUCCACCCCAGGGCCUGGAAAAAGAGGCUGCUCAGGAGCCGGCUCCUACUAUGAACCUUUACCUAUUGCAAAAGCACCCUUCACACAGAGCACUUCCUCUCAUCCUCCCAGAGGCUUUGCUAAGGAUGUAACGAGGGAAUCAGCCGGGCUGGGCCCGUUUGGCCACCCUGCUGCGGAUGGGAGAAGCUGGUGUACCCGAGGGAGCCCCUUCCUGAGCUGCAAAGGGCAGGUGAAAACCACCAACAGGUUUUUACCUACAACACAAGUGCUUCCCCUGAGGAAAAAAAAAAAGGGCGAUGAGGAAUUUCUCUCCCUGCCUCCAAGACUGCGGGAGCUGGAAAAGCUAGCUCAGUUUUUAUCCAGCCUGUCCUUAACUAUAAGGACACCAGGGCACGACCACCACCACAGGGAUGACAGGCAGCUCCUUCCAUCCCAGUUGGCUCCUUUCGGAGGAGCGAGUGGCAGGGCUGAAAGGGGGAACAUUGAGGAUGGUGCUGGGCUGAGGCACCCCUGCAGCUCUCAAAAGCCCAUCUGGGAAAACACUGAGUUACGUGGACAGAUCCAUAGGGAUCCUCUGCGGGGACUUCAUCCUGGGGACACGUUGGAUGAACCGCGGGUCACGGGGCAUCCGAAGAAGAGCCAGCAGAGCGAGUCCCUCGCCCAGUGUGUUAAGAUGUUUUGCUGCCAGCUGGAAGAGUUAAUCCGUUGGCUGUACAGAGUGGCGGAGAUCACCGAGAGCUGGGUCCCGGCCUCGCCGGAUGCCGAGGGCACGAAGGCGUCGCUGCGCCGCUACUUGGAGUUCAGGAAAGACGUGGCCGAGCACCGGAGCCUGACGGAGAGCGUGCUGGAGAGGGGAGAAGCUCUCCUGGACUGCAUGGCCUCGAAUUCACCAGCUCUGAGAGACACGCUGGGUUUGAUUGCAAAACAGUCAGAGGAGCUGGAAGCCCACGCGGAGCACUUGUACGAGUCCGUUCUGGCGGCUGUGGGGCCUGUGCAGGGCGCGGACGGGACGGAGGACGCGGGGCCAGCGCAGUUCCUCACUAGUCACACCUUGGCCAUCCAAGGUUUCCAGACCUUCUGCAGCAGCAAAGGGCCUCGCUGA